AUGUCGAGUACUACAUCACGAUCACUCAGCCCAUCUUCACCUUCUUUCAUCUUUCCCAAAUCAUCUCCCACUUUCACAUCUACCUCCCAGUCUAACUCGGACACCACAUCCGGUGGAACCAUCUCUUCUACCUGCGUGGAAACCAACUCGACCUCCUCGCACUCCGAUACGACCAAGGCGAACGACAACAAUCAUAACCACAUCAGAGGAGAAGAUACAAUCUUUCCUUUUCCUUCUUCCAGAACUACUACAGCUAAAUCUUUUGGUGCUGGAUGGAAAUCUUCUUCCUCGACUUCUCCAUUCAACUUGAUUCAGAUGCCAAACGAUCUGAGUGCUCAUCAUGCUCAGACAUUUCUUGGUCCUAUCCGCGACAAAGGUCCUCUCGAAACUCGAUCUAGAUCACCAAGCCUUCCGAUCUUACCAUCACAAACUCAUACGCCGACCAUCAAGAGUUUUACUAGUGAAACUGCAGCUGGAACUCAUCAUCAACCAUCUAUUCUCUAUCCCAUCAAUACUAAAAACCUUCCAAACGAUUUCGAGCUCUAUACGCCAACCAGUCCCAACUCCACCGGUUAUCCUUUCUCACCGAUCGACGAUCAUAUCAACCCUAUCAGACAUCACCCUUCUCUCUCUUCUAUCGAUAUCGAACUGGACGAUCAUCACCACACCCACUAUCCCUAUCAACAUCAUGCCGGACCAAAUGCAAAUGUUCGUUCAUUCUAUCCACCCAUGAACAUCAGUCCUAUCAGUCAUCAUCAAUCUGUACCCAACCUUCCUUAUCACCACCAACAUCAAGGACAAGUACCAGGUCUGUUCAGAAGACCAAGUGCAAAUGUAAGAUUUCAAGAUGACGAUAUUCCAACCCCAUUAUCCAUGCAAGAUAUCAACGAAUGCCAAGGUGAAGUCGAGACCGACGUCAAAAGAGGGUUGAGAAGGAUGCCAGCUUUCAACUUUGGUCAAAUGGGGGCGAGAAAUAAGUUGAUGAGUUCAAAGAGUAUGCCAGCGAUGCCUAUGCUAGGUGAAGGAAGGAAUGUUUUCAUCCAUCGAGUGAAUAAUGAUCUCACGGAAGAGCAACUUCGAGUCUACGCGUCGGAAUUCGGCGAAGUGGUAUCGGUGAAAAUCCCUUCUCGAACCACAAGACCACACGCUUUUGUGAUGUUCAAACGACCCGAUCAAGCUCAAAAUUUCAUCGUGCAUCUGAAGAUGAAGAAUGUGGAAUGCGAAUUUGGCAAGGAGGAUUACCAAGUUCAAAACAAAGCUUUGGAAGAUCCCAAUUCAGCUAAUUUAUAUAUUGCUGGUCUCCCCACUAACCUCAACUACGAGGAACUCGCCGAACUCCUCUCUCCCGGAAAGAUAUGCUCUUGGAAACCUCUGGUCGACGAAGCAGGCAACCGAAGAGGACCUAUCAUGGCAAGACUCCAAACUCGAGUUCAAGCUAAUGAUGCGAUCAAGAAGAUCAAUGGAAAGUACUAUCAAGGAAUGAGCGAAAGAAUUCAAGCUCGUAUCGCCGACUCUGAUGAGCAAAAACAUUUCAAGCGACAUCAGAGUAUGAGCCGAGAUCGACCAAUCGUAGUUCCUCCAAUCGAAAUCACACCUUAUGGAAAUGCCCCUCAAGAUGAGGGUGAUGAUCUCGAACUUCUCCAAACUCGAGAUUACCUCGCAUCUCAAUUAGAAGCCAUCAAUGGUCACUUGGCUAGAACUCAUGUCAGACCUCGUAAUAUUGUCUUCCCCAAUCCUGAAGUCCCAUUUGAGGAUGAUAUCGUCCGCCCUUCACCUGUCCCAAUUGGUCAGAUCCCACGAGGAUGGGGACAUCGACAUACCUCUUCGAACUUCUCUAUCGAUUCUCUUGGUUCUUGGCCUGAUUGGACGGGUACUUGGACUCGUAGCUCCCCUAAUCAAAACAACACUCUUGCUUUCGGAAGCAGUCUUGGUCAUCCUCAGGCUCAACCUCGACAACAAUCUCUCAGUCUUACCAAUCAACAUAACAACGAGGCAAGUAUCGCCGCUUUGAGUGCUUUACACCACGUCAAAUCUUCUCCUGAGUUGGGUGGUAGAUCAGAUAGCGCCAGUAAGCUCUUGUGGAAUAAGGAUGGUGCGUAG